AUGGCAUGGGACAAUGGCACAGGCCAGGCCCUGGACGCCCCGCCCACCAACUGCGUUUACCGAGAGAACUUCAAGCAGCUGCUGCUGCCACCCGUGUAUUCGGUGGUGCUGGCGGUCGGCCUGCCCCUGAACGCCUGUGUCAUCGCCCAGAUCUGCAUGUCCCGCCGGGCCCUGACCCGCACGACCGUGUACACCCUGAACCUGGCCCUAGCUGACCUGCUGUAUGCCUGCUCCCUGCCCCUGCUCAUCUACAACUACGCCCAAGGUGACCACUGGCCCUUCGGAGACCUCACCUGCCGCCUGGUCCGCUUCCUCUUCUAUGCCAACCUCCAUGGCAGCAUCCUCUUUCUCACCUGCAUCAGCUUCCAGCGUUACCUAGGCAUCUGCCACCCUCUGGCCCCCUGGCACAAGCGUGGGGGCCGCCGGGCUGCCUGGCUCAUGUGUGGGGCUGUAUGGCUGGCCGUGACAACCCAGUGCCUGCCCACUGCCCUCUUUGCCUCCACAGGAAUCCAGCGGAACCGCACGGUCUGCUAUGACCUGAGCCCACCUGCCCUGGCCACCCGCUACAUGCCCUAUGGCAUGACCCUCACGGUCAUCGGCUUCCUGCUGCCCUUUGUCGCCCUCCUGGCCUGCUACUGCUGCCUGGCCCAUCGCCUGUGCCGCCAGGAUGGCCCAGCAGGGCCGGUGGCCCAGGAGCGGCGUGGCAAGGCAGCCCGCAUGGCUGUGGUGGUGGCGGCUGUCUUUGCCAUCAGCUUCCUGCCUUUCCAUGUCACCAAGACAGCCUACCUGGCGGUGCGCUCUACACCUGGCAUCUCCUGCCCUGUGCUGGAGGCCUUUGCAGCAGCCUACAAGGUCACCCGGCCCUUCGCCAGUGCGAACAGCGUGCUGGAUCCCAUCCUCUUCUACUUCACCCAGAAGAAGUUCCGCCAGCGGCCACAUGAGCUGCUACAGAAACUCACGGCCAAGUGGCAGCGACAGGGUCGCUGA